AUGGAUCUCGACGUCCUGUUCAGUUGGCUGCACGACCAAUCCUUGCUGAAUGAAUUGGCGAUAGCUGCAUCCUUGAACGUUGCUGCUGAUGUUCUUGCGCAAUCGAUCGUGAAGUUGAGGGAAAAGGAGCAGACACGAUCUUGGCUGUUAUGGGAUUUCUUGUCCAUGACAAGAGCAUUGAUCUGGGCGCUAAUCUGCACUCCGAUCAUUCUAAGAUGGCUCGUGUUCCUCGAUGUGACAUUUGGGAGAGAAGAAACGAUUUCUGCGGUGCUGAUGAAGCUCUCAGCGGAUCAGCUGGUUUUCAGUCCUUUCCUGCUCGCCAUGUUUCUCAUCUACAUCGGAGCUUUCCGUGCUGCCACAAGCUCGUACAGGUUCUCAGAGACAGCUCAGGUUAUCAAGAAAGAGCUGCUUCCGAUGCAGAUCAGCGGCAUGUUCUUCUGGGUGCCAGUGAGCCUUUCCUUGUUCACUGUCGUUCCGGACCAUCUGAAGAUUUUCGUGAUCAACAUCGCCGGUCUCUUCUACAACACCAUGCUCGCCUUGAAGAUCAGCUCGCAAGACACAAAGAAGAAGGACUGA